ACAGAGUUGUAAGUUGUGUAAUGGUGAAAUACGCAGGGUUGCGUGAUAGGGGAUCUCUUUGGGGUGGUUGUGAAAACUCUUAGCGAGGGAAAAUGUGGCAUGGAGGGGGGAAAUAUCGCUUGUCCGUGUUUUUGGCAGCGGAAGGGUAUGAAUAGACCAGGGUUGAAAGAAAGCAGUGCUGAAGGGAAAGGCAUGCUCAGAAUGCCACUAGGCUCCAGUUAAGACAGACAGUGGACGGUGGAGAAGAGAUGAUGUGAUAUGGCUGGAGUAACCAAAGCGUGGCUGUUCUUACAGACAGGGAGGGGGUGAAGGUUCGUACACCUUGCCAGCAGGCUGGCCGGGUCGACCCUGGAAGUCUGUGCUCAAACCUUUGCUGGUGGGAAGAGAAUUGGAGAAAACAGUUAAAGUAUGGCCAAGAUGGCCGAGCAGAAAGUCAGCCUCCCUGCUAAGCUGAUUAAUGGGGGCGUGGCUGGACUAGUGGGCGUGACCUGCGUGUUUCCCAUUGAUCUUGCUAAGACCCGCCUCCAGAAUCAGCAGGGUGCUCGUGUAUAUAGUGGAAUGAGGGACUGUUUGGCGAAGACCAUCAAAAUGGAGGGAUACUUUGGCAUGUAUAGAGGUGCAGCCGUAAAUCUCACUCUGGUCACUCCAGAGAAAGCCAUCAAACUGGCUGCCAAUGACGUCUUCAGGCAAAAGCUCUCCAAAGAUGGAAAAUUACCUCUGUGGGGAGAAGUCCUCGCCGGCUGUGGGGCAGGAACCUGUCAGGUGGUAGUCACCACCCCCAUGGAAAUGCUUAAAAUACAACUUCAGGAUGCUGGGAGGUUGGCUGCACAGCGAACUGUCGCUGCUUCGGCCCCUGCGGCUGGUCCAACCCCCUCACUGGUUGCAUCUCGUACUGCCCCCAAUGUCCCCCCUCGACGUUCAGCGACCCGUAUCACCCUGGAACUUCUUAAAACUCGAGGCCUGAGAGGUCUUUAUAAAGGUGCUGGAGCUACGCUGAUGAGGGACGUCCCCUUCUCGAUGAUCUACUUCCCACUGUUCGCUAACCUCAACACAGUGGGCCGAAGAGAGGAUCGCCAUAGCAACCCCCAGGAGCGGGCCCCCUUCCUGCAGUCUUUCAUGGCUGGAUGCACGGCCGGCUCGGUGGCCGCCGUAGCUGUUACUCCACUGGAUGUUAUAAAGACACGUAUACAGACCCUACAGAAGGGAGAGGGGGAGGACUCGUAUAAAGGAAUCAUUGACUGCACACAGCGCGUUUUAAAACGAGAGGGACCAGCCGCAUUCCUCAAGGGAGCAACGUGUCGAGCAUUGGUUAUCGCUCCUCUCUUCGGCAUUGCCCAGGGCGUAUACUUCCUAGGCAUCGGUGAACAAGUGCUGGGGCUGGUGGGAUAACAGAUGAUGUCACCUCAAUCAUCAAACACACAGUACUGUUUCUACACAGGACAUGCGAACAAGUGAGAAGAUCAGUGAUGUGUAAAGACUUAGAAAGGAGAUUUUGAGAAGUGAAUAAAAAAAGAAUUGAAUGAAAUCCACAUACCCUUCCAAAGGAGGUUUCCGAUACUUUUGAAUAAGAAAGGAGGGUGUGUAAUGCUAACAUAAUAGCCAUUGUCAUUGAACACUAAUCAUUUUAAAGUACCUAAAAGCAGUAACCUAAGGAAAGACAGGGUCCUGUUUUUUAACCUGCAUGAUUAAUGAAAAACAUGAUGAGAAAGUCAUUGUUAGUGAAUGAGUUUGAUAUAUUAAGAUGGAAGAUUUGAAUCAAAAAGAGAAGCAGAAUCAAUGAUUGUACAGGGUCUGAUAUAAACUGUGUAAUCUGGUUGCUAUUUUAAUCCAUUCGUAAAUCUGGGCUUCUGUGCCGAGGCAUUCCUGUGCACAUGUUCCUUUGCGGGACCAAAUCUCAUGUCUUGUAGGCAAAAUAAUGACCAUUGUGGGCUUCAUUUUUUAUUGCUUCUCUAAAUGAUCUUGUUCAUUGCGCAAUAUAUGUAAUCCAACAAAGCCUUAUUCUUGCCAAUGAAUGAAAAUCGUAAAAAGUAAAAAUUAAGAACACAUAUAAAGGACCAGUGGCUUAAUGGUAUUAAAGUUUUGAAACCAUUUUACAAAUACAUACAUAUUAUUUAUAUUCAUUAUAUUAUACAUAUGGAUUCUUUUAAAAUUAAUAUAACCCUACACUUUUUUACUAGGAUAUUCUUUUCUCAUUUUGUAAUCAAAGGCACCAUAAUUCCUUCUAGAAUUAGACUGAAAUGUAUAAAGUAGACAUAAAAAUGCUGAUAACUUGAAAACUGAGACCAAGAUUAAUUGUUACUUCAUACCUGCAAAAUAAAUAAGUUAAAGCGUGGAAAGUAAGUUUGCAUGUUUAUAUUAACACUUCAAAAUAAAGGACCUUUCUAAACAAAAACAAGAUCUCUAAAUAUAAUAAUAGCAGGAGUCAUUACAACCUUGACCUAUCCAGCCUGUUCUUUUUAUGUUUACAAAGGCCUGAACACUACAAGAUUUCAUAUUGAUAUACUAUACUCUGACAUUUUGCACAGCAGCGAGCAGGCCUAAAAAUAUUGACUUGCAAGUCAACUUCAGAUAUUUACGACUCUCCUUAACAGACUAUUUGUUAAAGAGCUUUAUACCUUAAAGAUUGCCUAAACGCAUGACAAAAGUAAUUUGAUUAUGCAAAACAUCUGUUUGUGCACCACAACUGAUGCCGUUUGGAUCCAGUGCGUUUAAAUUACACAAGGAGGCUUUUUGUUUAUAAGGGUUCUUAUCAUUUAUCUCUUUCAAAAUAAGUGUAACGAAACAAGCAAUAUACAUAGUAGUAGGCUAUACAAAGUGUUGUUUUUUGUGUGUGUGCGUUUGUGUUUUUAUGCUUUUCAAUCCUCACAGAAAUGUAUCAAAAUAUAAAUAAAACAUUUUUGAUUUA